AUGAUUGAAUCCAAUCAGAACCCACCUCUCCUCCAUAACUACACUCAGCUCCUGAAACAGCUUCCAGUUGCUGAUCAUGGAGUUAACGUAAAACGACCGUUUGAUCACGGUGAAACGGAGAUCAUGCAAGAAUGUGAGCUUCCACUUGUGGAUCUUUGCCGUUUAUGGAGCGAGAACGAGGAGGAGCGGGCCUCUUGUGCUUCGGAGAUUUGUAAGGCUUCGGCUGAAUGGGGUUUCUUUCAGAUUGUUAACCAUGGAAUUGGUCUUGACCUUUUGAGGAAGAUGAGGAUGAAGCAAAUGGAGCUUUUUAAGGCACCAUUUGAGCGAAAAGCCUCUUCUGGGCUUCUUGAUAACUCGUAUAGAUGGGGAAACCGUACCGCUACUUGUCCCAACCAAUUAUCAUGGUGUGAAGCUUUUCAUGUUCCUCUUACAAAGAUUUCUGAUGGUGCUUGCUAUGGCGAAUUCAACUCUUUGAGAGAAGUGAUGCAGGAAUACGCGGGUGCAAUGCAAGAGCUCGCGAAAUCGAUAGCCGGAGUGUUGGUAACGAAUAUGGGGGUAAAACGAGGGUUGUGGGAAGACGACUGCAAUGCGGGCACGUGUUUCCUGCGGCUGAACCGAUAUCCACCGUGCCCGAUCUCUCCGGAGGUUUUCGGGCUCGUGCCGCAUACGGACAGCGAUUUCUUAACCAUUUUGCACCAAGAUGAACAUGUUGGUGGGCUUCAACUCAUGAAAGAUUCCAAAUGGGUGGCGGUGAAACCCAACCCUGAUGCCCUUGUUGUCAACAUCGGUGAUCUAUUUCAGGCCUGGAGCAACGACGUUUACAAGAGCGUGGAGCACAAAGUAACGGUAAAUAGGGAAGCCGAGAGACACUCGAUAGCCUAUUUCUUGUGCCCUUCUUACGAGUCGUUCAUUGGUUGUUGCAAAGAAGAAAGUUCGAUUUAUAAAAAGUUCACGUUUGGAGAAUACCGAAGCCAGAUUCAGCACGACGUUAAAGACUACGGACACAAAGUUGGCCUUCCAAGAUUUCUUGUUUCUACUUGAGACAGAUCGGCCCGCAAAUCUGAUAGCACCACUUGAGGUCCGUUUCAUCGGGUGGUUAGAACAUCGUCUUUUCAUGUCGAAGACACGGG